GAAGCCUGGUUCCUCUUUCAUUGUCAGAAGAGAAGAAGCCAUCAGACGGAUAAUUACUAUAAAGGGAGGUGUGAUACUGCAGGUGGUUUAGUUUUUGUUGUCAUCGUUGGUGAUUCACUGCUUAAGUAAGCAAAACAACACGCAGGAACUAUUUUGCUUUUUGUCAUUUUAUUUUACUAGUUUUAAAAUGGAAAGUCAGCCGAUUUUGAGCCAAAACCGAACCUAUGGACUAAACAACCCUGGUUACGUCCCAGCACCACAGGCGGAACCAGAAGUGGACACAGACGCUGUCACUGCUCCUCCAGCCAUGUUUGACAGCGUGCCUGGGUAUGAAGGGACGGUGGCAGGAGGAGGUGGCUUUCUACCCCCUCCAGUGCCUGCUUAUCUAGUUCCUCAGCCUACACCUGGACCAGAGCAACCACACUGGAACAUCCCAUCUAUAACUGAAGAAAUUGCCAGGUCAGCUUUUAACCAGUUUGCCUCCAGCAAGUGCUGCUACAGCUCAGGACCAGCCAAAGAUGGUGUGAUUACCAACAUGGAGGCCUUCAAUACAUACAGGUAUCGCCUGGAAACCUUUACCGAGAGCAGAUCCACAGAGUGGACUAAGGAGCCAUACAGAUCCCAGCCAGUGGAUGCUGGUACCCAACCACCCCCAGGGCCUUGGGAUAUUCCUGCUAAAACACCCAGUUUCUUUGUGGACAGCACACAGAUCAUCAGGGUUCCCUACACGUCAUCCGUCAAGCCAUGCCACGUGUGUUUGGGAAUGGCACAAAGGCCUUGCAGCAGCUGCAGAGGUGCUGGUAGUAAGGUGUGCUGUAUGUGCAAUGGGUCUGGUUUCCAGUUCAACAAUCAAUGUACUCGCUGCAAUGGAAGAGGGAGGGACAGCUGUAUCCAGUGCAAUGGACGAGGAUCAAGAAAAUGUCACACAUGCCUUGGAAGAGGACAACUCCUGGUUUACAUCAACCUCACAGUAAAAUGGACAAACAACUGUGAUGAUUAUGUGGUAGAACAGUCAAGUGGGCUGCAGGUGACCAAACUCAGCAAGGUGUCUGGAAAGGAGCUCUACAGAGACUCUCAGUACAUGGUAUAUCCGGUGGCAGGAUUCCCAAACCCUGAGGUGAUGCAAGCUGCACAGCGGCUGGUGAAUGAUCAUCAGGUCAAGUUCUGCCAGACUUCAAGAGCUGAAAGAAUAGCUCAAAGUUCUCAACCGCGCAGGACGUCCUCAUUUCUAACGAGGCAAUUAAUAGAGUCCGCUUGUGAAUAUACUAGUGAAUACUACAAUCGGAAAAUGGCAACAAAGACUGAUGGUGGCUUUCUACCCCCUCCAGUGCCUGCUUAUCCAGUUCCUCAGCCUACACCUGGACCAGAGCAACCACACUGGAACAUCCCAUCUAUAACUGAAGAAAUUGCCAGGUCAGCUUUUAACCAGUUUGCCUCCAGCAAGUGCUGCUACAGCUCAGGACCAGCCAAAGAUGGUGUGAUUACCAACAUGGAGGCCUUCAAUACAUACAGGUAUCGCCUGGAAACCUUUACCGAGAGCAGAUCCACAGAGUGGACUAAGGAGCCAUACAGAUCCCAGCCAGUGGAUGCUGGUACCCAACCACCCCCAGGGCCUUGGGAUAUUCCUGCUAAAACACCCAGUUUUUUUGUGGACAGCACACAGAUCAUCAGGGUUCCCUUCACGUCAUCCGUCAAGCCAUGCCGCGGGUGUUUGGGAAUGGGAAACACGACUUGCAGCAGCUGCGGUGGUUCUGGAAGCACGAUGUGCUCUAUGGGAAAUGUGUCUGGUUCCCAGUUUAACAAUCAAUGUUCCCACGGUGGAGGAGGAAGGCAAAGCUGUACCCACUGCAGCGGGCAUGGAUCAACGGAAUGUGACAGAUGCCGUGGAAGAGGAAGAUUUCUGGUUUAUAUGAACCUCACCGUAAAAUGGAAAACCAACUGUGAUGAUUAUGUGGUAGAACAGUCAAGUGGGCUGCAGGUGACCAAACUCAGCAAGGUGUCUGGAAAGGAGCUCUACAGAGACUCUCAGUACAUGGUAUAUCCGGUGGCAGGAUUCCCAAACCCUGAGGUGAUGCAAGCUGCACAGCGGCUUGUGAAUGAACACCAGUUGAAAUUCUCCCAGACUUCACGUAUUCUGCAGCAGCGUCAAACGAUAGAGCUGAUCCCCAUUACCAGGAUCACCUACACAUGGAAGGGGAGCUCACACAUCUACUAUGUUUAUGGAAACGAGUACGAGGUUAAUGCAGAUGACUACCCUGCUACCUGUUGCUGUACUGUGAUGUAACAGCAGUGGCUGCAUGAGAAGCUUUUUUCUUCCUGAGCCAUUAGAAAGGUGAAAUUAAGAGACUACUAGACAUUAAUGUAAAGUAGCCUGAUGUGAGAGUGUAUGACCUUGUUAAAUGUUAUUAUUCAAGUUCUUGUACUGUACCUAUAACCUGUUUUCAGUGUACUUCUGAUUAACUAACAAAAUAAUGUGAUACACUGAAUAUUUUCUAAAUUAUGAAUACUAUUGUAUGUGGCUACAGACAGAGAAAGGUUGAAUAAAGUAGUUACUUUUGAAGGAAUUUUGUAAAUUAGUAGUGUAAUAUACAAUGUAAUGCGUAAGACUAGAAAAUAAUAUUAAAAAAUAUACACCAAA